GAACAUUGGCCGUACAGAUAUGUAGUACCAGCAUUAUCACGGUCUCGUGACGUGCUGAACAUGUAAAUUCACCACCUUGUGAUAUGUUGAAAGUAGUGUUGUGAGUGUGGAAGUGAAUUCGUAGGGAGGCGUAAAUUCACUCAAAACUACGACAGCAUAUUUAUUUUUCCUGACAGUUGCAAGUUCUGCAGAUCUAGUGAAAGUGAAACAAAAUGUCUUCGAGGAAGAAGGUUUUACUGAAGGUGAUCAUCCUAGGAGAUAGCGGUGUGGGCAAGACAUCAUUGAUGAACCAAUAUGUCAACAAAAAGUUCAGUAACCAGUACAAGGCCACCAUUGGUGCAGACUUCCUCACAAAAGAAGUCAUGGUAGAUGACAGACUGGUUACCAUGCAGAUAUGGGACACAGCUGGUCAGGAGAGGUUCCAGAGUCUGGGUGUAGCAUUCUACCGUGGGGCCGACUGCUGCGUACUCGUCUUUGACGUGACCAACCAGAACUCCUUCAAGUCAUUGGACAGCUGGCGCGACGAGUUCCUGAUCCAGGCCAGCCCCAGGGACCCGGAGAAUUUCCCCUUCGUCGUCCUAGGCAACAAGAUUGACAUGGAGAACAGACAAGUUUCAACCAAGCGGGCGCAAAACUGGUGUAGUAGCAAAAACAGCAUCCCUUACUUUGAGACCAGCGCUAAGGAGAGCAUCAACGUGGAGCAGGCCUUCCAGACGAUAGCCAAGAAUGCCCUGGCCCAGGAACCCGAGACAGAUAUGUACAAUGAUUUUCCCAGCCAGAUAAAACUCACCGAUGAGAACAAACAGGAUAAAUCAUGUUCAUGCUGAGGCACCCAGUAGUACACGUUUCUCUCUAGGUCUAAAACCCACAUUACACUUUCAUGCACCCGGUGUACAUCCGUGUGCUCGGGCGGUGAAUAGUAUACAGAUACCAUUGGGGGACAGUGGGAGGAUGUGUUGUUAAUUGAUUUGAGGUUGAAAACCUCCUGGUGAACUUGGGCAAAUUAUUUAGCCAAAAUCUCUAUGGCUGUGGUAAGCCGUUCUUGGUGGCUUGAUUGAGCUCCCUGUUAUGAGGCACCUGGGAAAGCCCUUUGAAUGGCUUCAGCGUAUUGAAAUGAGCCACUUCAAUAUUCCAACCCUGCAUGUCCCAAAUGAAGGAUGUUGGAGGUCAUUCAAGAACAGUAGUGGUCGAGCCUAAGGUAGGCCCUAUCAGGGCAGCUGUACAUGCGACCACACAUGUUACCAAACAUCUUCAAGGUCACAUGCGUUGUACUCAAAUGCCCGUACUUUUUUGAAAUACUGAACUGGCUCAUUGUCACGACGCACGGCUGACAAUGUAACUAUCAUGAAAAUGUCAAAAGUCGUAAGCACAAAUUGUGGAAAUUGUUGAAAAUCUUGCCAAGAGACAAGUAACUGAUUGCCCUGAUCUGCGAUGUAAAAGAAUCCUCCCAUUGCCUCCCUCCCGACGAUCAUUUUUGGUUUUCUCACAUCCUGUUGCGAGGUUUUUACUGAACCGUGGACAAGACUCAAUAUCUGUAAAUUAGAAGCACUUUUGUUGGAUACCCUGUGUGAUGUUAAUGAAUUGUAUACCAUUGGAGCGGUGUCGUUGAUUCAGCCCAGUCUUCACCCCAUCUUUCAUACUGCCCCACCUUAGAGUUAAAAACCCUAGCAUUAUCUGUAUCUGUCCAUUGUUGACAUUUUAAUCUGACAAUGCUUGUUACUAUGGCAAACCUCCCCAUCCACCUUUCUGCACAAAUUAAAGCUCUAGAGGGGGAUAUCGUUUUUCAGAGGGGGGUUAGGGAAGAUAAGUGUUUCGGUUCCACAGAAAUUCAGUUGCAGCCUCCAUGUUGUUUUUCUUGUGUUGCAAAUUUAUUAGUGUGAACUGUUUUUCUGAAGUUUUCUUUUGUAAAAAAAUUGCCGGCAACUAUGUGUUAUAUCACCCCAUGGGAGUCUUUAAUGGUAAUGAUGGUGGUUGAGGUAUUGUUCAACGCCAUAAAUGUUCAUGUUUUUGAGGGGAUUCAAUUUUCAUCCACAUUACAAAGAAGGCAAAUACCACAAAGUCAUAAAACUUUUUGUUCACCCAUAAAUGAUACCAACUUGUUCACAGAAACUUAACAUCAAGUUGCAUUAAACUAUUCAAUCGGCCAUUCUAGCUGUUGUCAUUACUAAAAUCUUGUACCGACUCCAAUUAUUCAGUGAUAGAUGUACUGCUUUUUCUUAAGAUCUGUAGUAAUAUAGAAAUGCUUAUUACCAACACACAAAGGUUUUGAACUAAAAUUGGCAAUGUAGAUAUGUUAAGAUUCAAAAUUUAUUUGGUCAUAAUCAAUUUUGGACUUGUGUGUCUCUGUAAUGCGACUGCACUCCAAUCUUUUUUAUUUUUGUCUUUUGUUUUGGUUUUUGCUUUUUGGUAGAAUUUGACACAGGUAAUCCUAGAAUUAACACCGACAUAUAUUUGAGGUGUGGUCCGACACAGAGGAAUAAUAUGUGGACACGCAGCCAAUAUGCAGAGCGGAAUUGCUUAUCAAAGUUGCAUUGGUUUUGUAUGUCACCCCAAACCCCAUGUCUCUGUACAUUUGCAUGUCAGCAAACUUUAUGUAAUUCUAAGUGUAGUCUUCGACAAAAUGUCGCUAGGGCCUACUGUGUAAUGAAGUAAAUGAUUGUACUAGGUUUCUUUUUCUAUUAUGUGCUUGUGAUAAACAGUGAUGUUGCUUUUUUUUUUUAAUUAAAAUGCCUUCUGGGAUUGCUUUUUCUCUUCAGUGACCCGUUAGCAGGGUGUUUAUUUCUCAUCCUUGUGGACAGACUCUACUCAGAUCAUGUGACAGGCUUUUCCAUGUUACAUAAUAUUAACCUUUUUGUUGCUUUUUGGUGGAAGAGUUGGGAAUACCAUGUGAAUAGAAAUUGUGAAAGCAAACGAACUGUAUAUCCGUUUAUUAUUUCCACGACAAUUUGGUAUUUUUAAAGAUCAUUUGUUAUGGAAUUGAGGACGUCAUCAGUCCUCAAAAUUUCACAUAGCAAUUUGUAUCUUAUUCCUCCGUACAACGCAGGAUUCUGCUCUGUUGUAAAAAUGUUCAUGACACUGACAGGCUUUUUUUAAGACAGAAAUUAUGUUUGCAUCAAAAGCUGUAUAUUAUUUCGUCAAACAUUAAUUGAAAAAGGGCUGUAAGUACCGUAGUUGCCUCCCGACACAUUUAUGGUCAUGAAGAAAAUACUUCUAAAUGAUAUGACUGGCCCGUAAUGUUAAUACAUACUUCAUGUAUACAUUAGUAUCGGAUGUGUUUUCCCAUUUAUAUCUGCUCUCAUACAGGAAGGAGCAGUCUCUACCAUCAGAUCUGAACUAUGUGGCGAGAAUGUGUUUUUAAUGCUCCAUCCUUAGGUGUUUUUCCUUCCAGAGAGUCGUACUCGUGUAAGCCAUUAUGAUGGUGGUGGGUCAAAAUUGCUACACCAAACAUACUUAACAUUUUGUAGUUUGUGUCAGAAGCUGACAUGUUCCUGUGUCUUGCACAGUCAUGCUAGAGAGGUCUCUUCUCUUAGGUUUUACUGCAACAGGGAAGUGGGGAUUCGUUUCAAGUAGAUAAAGGUACAUGAACAAUCACUGUGGUUUACACUUCUUGGACAUUUUGUGUCCGAACCUCACAAAAUGAGCUGUAAGUCAUCCGGGCAACUUUUUGAGUGGAAGACUUUCAGAAUGAUCAUAUACAAGAUCAAUCAAUAAGAACCUUUACACAGUUUUCACCCAUAUCAUGUCCAUUUUCACUGGGAUACCUCUGAAAGGAAACAAACAACUACUUAAAAAUAGUCUCGAGACUCGUCUUGUGAGAUUUGAUCUCUUUUGUUUCCAUGAUGCUGGAGAUAAAAAUAUUUUUGUUCAUUUGAUGGUUUAUGUGACCUUGUAGGUUGUCUCUGGUCGCCAUAACUGGUCGAUAUGAAGCCAAAAAAUCUGAAGACUCCGUAUAGAAGACUGUCUUAGCGAUUGAAUUUUAACAUCCAUAGGCAGCGUUGUAUUCCAUUCCGUCACUAGUCCUUACAAGUUCAUUUCAAGUCUGUCACAUACCGUUCAGUAGCUAAGUCCAGUAACAAGUUUGUCAAAUGACAGUGUGACUGAAGCGUACCUUUCACAUCUGUCAUUAUUAACUCUGUUACUUGUGACACCGUCUUUGGGAAGGACUUGUUACUGGACUGGACGACAACGUUAUCAGUAGCAGCAAGAGGGAUGAAAAAAAUGAAUUAAUAUCAGUACAGAAAAAAAAAUGCAUGUGUCAUUUGAUAAGAGCACGAAAAUGUACAUGUAUGGGCACUGUAUGUGAUGAUGUCUGCCUUCUUUGAUUUUGUGGAAUCAUCUGCAGUAUACCAAGUGUGAUUACUUUCAAUCAAGUAGGAUUAUAAAUAAGCAAAAAUCUAGUAGGUUAAAACAUCCUGAAUAUGCUCCCCAUUUAUGCUCACUUUGCAAUUAAUUUUCAGCUCUGCCAAAUUACUGUUCUGUGUUGUUUUAGUUCACAGUAAAGACCCGAUUUUACUUUUUUUUUCUGUGCUGAUGUAAUUUGGAGCAGAGUACAUGUAUGUUAUGUAACUACGGACUUAGUCUCCUUAUUUCUUAAAGUAACUGAACUGUGUAUUAUUGUUUUGGUACAUGCCUACUUGUACUGCUAUAAAUAUCAAAUCACUGUGAUAAAUGAAAAUAAAGAAUUUUGGUAAUACAAGUGCAGUGUA